AACGUCAAAUCAUGUUGCGGUAGUCAACGCGGUAGUAUAUAUAACUAUAAAGUAUAAGCCUUACGUCAGUACUGUUGUAGAGUCUGUCUCUGGUAUAGUCUAACAGUUAAACUUUUGUGGCUCUCUACUUUAGAUAUUAUUUUUCUCCGCUAAUUUGUCAUGUCCGACCACGAUGAAUUGAUUCAACAGUUUAGUGCUGUGUCUGGGGCUGAUGCAGAUCGAGCAAAAUUUUUCUUGGAAUCGGCUGAAUGGAAUCUGUCUACAGCUUUGAGUAGUUUCUUUGAGGAAACUGGUGAAGAAGAUGGUGCUGCAGGGAGGGACAGUGCUAGUAGUGCUCUGCCUUCAGCUGUUGGGGGUGCAGCAUUCAAAAAGCCAGCCAGCACCGCUGAACCCAAGCUGAAGCCUGCAUCAGGAGGCUGGUCAUCCAACUCUGACAACAGUGAUGAAGAUGAUGAAGACAGUCAUGGCCAGGCAUUCUAUGCUGGAGGUUCAGAGCAUUCAGGCCAGCAGGUUCUGGGCCCACCUCGCAAGAAGCACGACAUGGUCGCCAAACUUUUCAAAGCUGCCAAAGAACAUGGGGCUGAUGUUGUGGAGGACAGCAGAAGUGGCGCCAGGUCUGUACGCACUCACUUCCAGGGCACAAGUUAUAGAUUGGGCGAAACAAUGGAUGACACACAAGUGUUCUCUGCAAGCAGUUCCAGAAAUAAUCAGGGGCCUGAACCCGUUGAGCUGCGCAUGUGGCGCACAGGCUUCACAGUUGGUGAUGGGCCACUCAGGUCAUACGAUGAUGAUGAGAGCAGGCGUUUUUUGAAGGAUAUCAAGAAUGGGCAUAUUCCUCUUGAAUUGUUGAAGGCAUCGGGAGGUCGCGAGGUCGCCAUCAACAUGUCAGACCACCACCAUGAGGACUACGUUGCACCUAAACCCGUCCUCAGAGCCUUCACUGGACAGGGGCAGGCACUCGGCAGUCCAGCGCCGACCGUGAUGGGGCAGGUAUCGCAUGUGCCAGGACCUGGAGGCAGCACCCACAAGCCCUUAGGGGACCCAAAACAACUUGAGGAGGAUGCCAAAAAGGCGCUGAGCGUUGACGCCACCCAGCCGACCACUAAUGUUCAGGUGCGCCUCAACGAUGGGAGCAGACUCGUGAUUCACGCGAACCACAGCCACACGGUCGGUGACCUGAGGACGUACCUAAGCGUGGCUCGGCCCGAGUACGCCUCCCUCAAUUACUCCCUCAUGACGACAUUCCCUCACGCUGAGCUAGCGCAGCAUGAUCAAACCCUCGCCCAGGCAAAGCUUCUCAACGCAGCAAUCGUCGCUAAAAUUAAAUGAUCCUUCCCCAGCAUAGGAUAUUGGCAAGAAGAAACGAGUGCUGGUAGCGCGUGAGGGUUGCGGAUUGUGAUAGGAAAUUAACUCGUGAAACGAGUCUUCAAACCUGCCUGCCUAAGUUAGUAUAACGAAUGAUUUUUACGUUACUUUUUACCGUACGGAGUUUUCUUCAAAAAGGUCUUUUCUUUGCUGAUUCGAAGAUGUGUAAUGGAGCAGUGGUACGGUAAAUACAAUCUUUCAUUCGCUUGUAGCUUUCAGCCUAAGGUUACGAGUUUUUCAUGACUUCAUGUAUCUUAUCUAAUCAUCAAUCGUAAUAAAUCAUGCAUCCGGUAGAAAUUUGUGAACACUUCCGUUGCUUCUUCAGUAACAUUAAAAAAUUAACGUUUACAAGAUUUAUAUUAGUCGUCAGUUAUAACGGAAUGGGUUACAAGCGAGGUUCAUGUGGCUAUUACUACUCCUACUCAAUAUUGUUAAAUUGAAACAAAAA